AUGUCUGAACCUCCCAACACAUCCACCAUAACGCCCCCCAAUAUUGUAAAUGUCACCCCCUAUCCUGCCAUCUCCUACAAAAACCACCAUUUGCCGGCCAUCAUCCACGGUGGCGCAACCACUUCCACCGUUACUUUGUCGCCUGCUUCGAACCACCUCCGAGAGUACCGAAAAGGCAACUGGACCCUCGAAGAGACCCUUGUCCUGAUCACCGCAAAGAAGCUGGACGAUGAGCGUCGCAUUAACGCCACCACCUCCGCCACACUCAACAUCCGUGGCGGAGAGCUGCGGUGGAAGUGGGUGGAGAAUUACUGUUGGAGUCAUGGCUGCCUUCGAAGCCAGAACCAGUGCAAUGACAAGUGGGAUAACCUGCUACGCGACUACAAGAAGGUUCGUGAGUACGAGGUCCGAUCACCUGCACAAGAUCGACCAUCUUAUUGGUCAAUGGAUAAAACCCAACGUAAAGAAAGAAAUCUGCCCUCCAAUUUGCUUCUGAAUAUCUAUGAAGCUCUAAACGACGUCGUACACAGGAAGAUCCCCCACAGACAACAGCAGCCUCUUCCGCCGGCUCUACCUCCUCCUCCGCCUCCGCCUCCGCCGGCGGCAGUGACAACGCAUCCUCCGCCACCAGCUUCAGAAGCAUCGGCAGAAUCAUCGGAAACAGAAGGAGAGGAGACAGAGAAAGUGGACAGCGAAACGAAAAGGAGAAGGGUGAGAGACAUAGGAUCCAGCAUCGUGGACAGCACCACGCUCUUGUCCCAAACCCUAAAAAGCUACGAGGAGAAAAAGGAGAAACGACACCGGGAGUUGAUGGAACUUGAAGAACAAAGGCUUCGGUUGGAAGAAACACGAAACGAAAUGAACCGUCAAGGGAUCGUGGGUUUGGUCGCGUCCAUUAAUAAGCUUUCCGAUGCCAUUCAUUCCCUUAUUUCAGAAAAGCGUGGCAAACCAUAA